CGUCCAAUCCGGCGUCCGCUUCCCUCCGCGCCGUCCACGCCGAACGAUCCCCCACUCUCGCCACCCCUGCCGCAUCCCCACCAGCCCCGCCCCUGCAGCCUCCCCUUCUCCAAUCUCCACCCAAACCGCUUGCUCGCCGCCCCUGCUGUCGCACCGCUUGCCCUCCCCCGCACUUGGGCGCUCGCGGUUCGCGGCGCGUGGGACGGUCGCGACUGCCGCUACGCCUCGACCCUCGAGGGGGUGACCAAAGGAGGCCGCUUUGGGAGCGGCGGCUGGGCGUGCGCGCCAGAUCUGGGCUGGUUGGGGGCUCCGGCCGCCGGAAGGAGGAGGGCGACGACGGUGAAAUGAAGUCGUCGCUGCGGAGCCGGCAGGAGCCGCGGUGUCAUCAUCAUCGCCUCUCUCUACUUCCCCACCGCACCCGCCGCUCGCAUCCUCCGCCGCCGCCCCUCACUUCUCACCGACCACGUCCACCGGUGUCUGGUGAGGGGCGCCCCGGGGACAGCUGCUUCGGCGACGGCUGCGGCGCGAGGGGGGCCGAGCGGGGCGGCAGCUCGGCGUGGCGCGGAGGGCGGCCAGCCGCCUGGGCAGCUUUAGCGGCGACGGCCAUCUACAGCAAAAAUUGGCGACGGCCCCAUCCAUCUCCGGCAACAAAUUAGGGGCGCUCCCCAUGGAUCAUGGCGGCAGCACCUCGACAUCUCCACCUGGACGACGUCCCCUGUGUGGCGGCCCGUACUUCCCCUCCUCACUGCUCGGGACGAUGGCCAGCAGAGGUCCCUAAGCAAAUGGGAACCAGCAAAGAGGACAGCCGCCUCCGACCAAGCCAGUCCGCCGCCGGCAACACCAUUGGGCUCAUGUUGGCUUUGGCGUUUGGCUUCGGCCGGAUCAUACAUGAUGGGCUCAUGUUCAGGCAGAACUUCUCCAUUAGGUCCUAUGAGAUUGUGGCAGAUAGGACAACGUCUAUAGAGACACUGAUGAACCAUUUGCAGGAAACUGCACCUAAUCAUGUGAAGACUGCUGGGCUGCUAGAUGAUGGAUUCGGCUCCACACCAGAGAUGAGUAAACGAAACUUGUUAUGGGUGGUUAGCCAAAUGCAGGCCAUUGUUGAGCGUUAUCCAUGCUGGUUGACAUUUUGCUCUGAUUAAGCAGAGGAGGUUCGUGCUUGGCAGCAAAGGGCCAAGUACAACUUGGAGUGAAGGAUGUAUGUACUCAUCGGAGCAAGAAUUUUAAGGAAGGUUGUGGUGAUAGCAAGGUAGACACACAACGUCCUGUUGCAACAACGGUCUUGCCAAUUUGCAUCUGAUGCUGAAGGGUAACAGGUAACCCAAAGAUUUGACGCCCUGCAGGUUCUGUAAGUCAAGUGAGGCAUGCAUACUCUUGUUGCAGUGACAGUAUCUUUGCCUAUGCAAGGAAUGCGAGAGGAAGAUGAAUUUCUGCCCCCUCGCCGGCCCUCAAGAUACUUGGCAUGGAAACACACACACACACACACCCACACCCACAUGCACGUACGUAGAAUAGAAUUUAUGUACCACAUGAGUACCUUACGAGAUAUUGCUAUGUUAAUACUUCAAUCUUUUGCUAAACUGUAGAACAUAAAUAUGUAAUGAGUUAUAAGCCAUUCUCUUAUACCCAAGCUACUUCUAAAAUAAUUAUGUUUCAAAAUCAAAGAAUGUAAAUUUCCCAUCAGCUAUCAACAUUUCAAUGAUUCGCCCCGAUCUGAUGUAUAGAGAAAAUAAUAUUUGAGGAGCAAAUUUUUUGUUUCCUCGAUGCAAAUUUACAUGGUUCAAGAUUGCUUGUUUCAUUGGCAA